UUCAGGGUUAUUUCCUCGCCAAAAUCCACUCUCGCCUUUGCCUCAGGAAUAAAAUCGAAUAAAUUGACUGGCCUCUUGUCCACUCUUGUAUUCGGUUAUCGCGCCUCGAGAAGGAGAGAUCAAAAGGGUGACAAGUGGCCAAAGAGGCUGAGAAAGUCGAAAUUUCUUUGGACCAACUUUAACCUCAAAACCUCUUCUGACCUCCGGGAAGUGCCGGGAAGUCGAAUCUGAACUUUGAAUCCCGAAAUAUAAACAAGAUAAAGUGAAAAAAAAAAUAAAGAUAAAGGAGAGCAAGAGACCGACAGAGGAAUUUUUCCCCUCUCGUACCAGUUGUGACCAGUUGAAAGUUCCUAAGCCUCACGCAACUCGUCACACUUCGCGAUCGUCGUUUCUACCACGCUUUACAGUUUACAGUUCGCAGGUCGCGUCAAAUCCUCAUUCGAUUCCCGCCUCAGCAGCGGGAAUUUUCAUCCAGCAAUUUUCAACGGUAAAUCCACGUUGUUCCUACUCUUCCCCGAAUAAUUAUAAUUUUUCCAAUUUCCCACUCUUUUGGGAAAAUCGAGUGUCGCUUGAAUUAAAUGCGGUCUCGGGUUGUUUCAUAACCUCCAAAUUCCUCGUGGAUGUCGCGGGGUCAAGGGAGGCGUUUCUCUUUUUGACAGCUAAAAAUACGGGUUUAGAUGAAAGUACUGAAUGAUCGAGUGCGACAGCUAUUUCGGAUUCUAUGAGCAAAGUGUACAUCAUCUGCCUCUUUCUCAAAUUUCCACCAAAAAAUCGCGAGAAAGGUUGUGAAAUAUCGAGACACGAAAUCUAGCAGACGCUUCUGUCAUAAUACUCGCUUUUUUUAGGGGGUUUUCCGAAACUGUUCAAAGUUGACGGGGAGGAAGUUUUUGGGAUCUGUAAGUUUUGAAAAAAGUGCGAAGGGAGAGAAAAUGGAAGAAAAGUGUUGACAUUUUUGAGGUUAUGUUCGUUCUCUGAUUGACGUUUGAAGUGAAAAUGAGCAAUGGUUUCUACCUGAGGAAAAAGUGUUGAGAUUUGAAAAGUUUGAGAGAAGCCAGGAACGCAGUUGAAAAUGGCAGCACAUUUUGUGACGGUCUGUGUUUUCUGCGUUUUAUGCGCGGCACAUACCUGUUCUGCCCACACGGAUAUUUCUCUGCCAAGCCCCGAAUCUUUUGAAACAGAAUACGCUUCGAUUCAUGAUGAUAAAGAAUUAGAAUCCUCUUAUAUUCUCCCCAAAACUAGAUUACAACAAAGAAAUGUUGAAAACGUCCAGAAUGGAAAAUCUCCCUUUUUUAAGGAAAAUGAUCAGCACACCUCGAGGAAAUCGAGGAUAUCGAGAAAAGAUACUGAGACCAUUCAAGAAGAGACAAUUCACGGGAGUGAUGUUUCUUCUUUAAAAAAUUUAGAAAUUAUGGAAAGACUGGGCCAAGUCGCACAGAAAUCCUUGGGUGAAAAAACAACAUUGAGGGAGAGAUCAAAGAGGCACGUGGUACUCAACGAGAAAUAUUUUACGAAAAAGGUUUUUCAAACUUACGGAAAUGGAGAAAAUAUGACGAUGGAUGGGUUUGAAAAGUUACUCAGGAAACUAGGAUUAAUGAAACUCGUCAUGGAAUUGGAGGAAACGAGUAGUACUGAAAGUUCAAUAGAUAGUGCCAAGGAGUUGCAUAGGGUCACGGAAUCUAGUGUCGAUUCUAACCAAAGGUGCUUGAGCAGUAAAGAAUUACUGAGUACCUUAUCGCAAGACGCGUCAUAUAAGGCAACGGCGAAUAAUAGUACAAUAUUACCUGACUGGUUGUUCGAGAGGGUUUGUCCUGUUCUCAUUUAUCACUUGGCUGGAGAAUCAAGUGAAAGAAACGGCUGCGUUCAAAUCCCAGAAAUUUAUACGCCUGCCGCUGUCGAAAGCUAUGAAAGUGAAGAAAUGGCGCGAAAUAUGUUUCAAGUAUGGCUGUAUUCUACUAUCAGUAUUUUGAUAAUUAGCCUAUGUGGUCUUUUGGGAGUUGCUGUAAUUCCUGUAAUGGGAAAAAGUUAUUACCAUCAGCUUCUGCAAUUUUUGGUCGCUCUUGCCGUCGGAACAUUAUGUGGAGAUGCCCUCAUCCAUUUACUUCCGCAUGCUAUGAUGUCGCAGGCGAGUCACAGUCAUGGUCGCGACCACGAGGACUCACAUAUGAUAAUCGAUCACGAAGCCGAUCAUAAUGCAAAUAUGUGGAAGGGACUUGUCGCCAUGCUGGGUCUAGUUCUCUUUUUCUUCACGGAAAAGUCGCUAACUAUGCUCGCUGAAUGGAGAAAGUAUCGCCAGAGGCGCAACAAGCUUCCGCCACGAGUGAGAGUGAUGAGAGAAACUGAAGGUCCGAAUAGCAACACCGUUGGCGAAAAACUCUGCAAACACAAAUACUCGUCCUAUCCUUAUUGUUACGGAGAAAUUACGACUGAUACUCAAGAUAAUCAUCAUAAUCGUCAUAAUAAUCAUCACGAUCGACCAACAGUGAUCGAUGAGGAAAAGCCGCUGACUUCGAAUUGCAAUUCAGUGCCCUCAAUUGUCAAGAACGACCUCGAUAAAAUUGGAAACGAAGAAUGGAAACUCGACGAAUCGUUGAAGAAAGUCGACGGCGAGGUUGAAGUUUUGAAUGAAGCUGAAAGUUAUACUGUGAUUAUCAGAGAGCACGAAAACAAACAUCAUGGCCACACUCAUUCUCACGGUCACGUGCAUUCCGCGCCGGAGUCGAUGUCAAGUGUGGCUUGGAUGGUUGUGAUGGGCGAUGGUCUCCAUAAUUUUACGGAUGGAAUGGCCAUUGGCGCUGCUUUUUCUGCAAGUAUUGCUGGAGGAUUUUCCACGGCAAUUGCGGUUUUCUGUCACGAAUUACCUCACGAAUUAGGUGAUUUCGCAGUACUUUUAAAGGCAGGAAUGAGUGCGAAGCAAGCAGUUUUUUAUAAUUUGCUGUCAUCUGUUCUCUGCCUCUUUGGAAUGGUUUUCGGAGUCCUUUUGGGCGCCACGCCUUCCGCAAGCAGUUGGGUCUUUGCUGCAGCAGCUGGAAUGUUUAUUUAUAUCGCCCUCGUCGAUAUGAUUCCGGAAUUGUCUUCGAGUCACUCAGAAGAGGGAGGUUCUCAUUGGCAGUGCAUUCUCCAAGCCCUCGGUUUGCUAAGCGGACUUGGAAUAAUGCUCGUCAUCGCUUUAUAUGAACACGACCUGAGAAAUAUAUUUAGCGAGACAUAAACUUUUUCGCAACUCUCAGUCAAGUGACUGAAAUAACAAUAUUUAAUCGUAGAGACUCCUGCCGACUAGGAAUUUUUACUGUGACCAAAACUUCAAAGCUUCGACCAUGAAAGUAACUGUCUUUAUAAGAAAAACUUAAACUCCCCUCCUUCCCCCCUACCAAAAGAAACAAACAAAAAAGAAACGAAGAAACAAAAUCCGAAUUUUUCUCUCUCAGCUUUACACUUGUCGAGUUAUAUUUCAAGUUUCAAGGCUUUGGAUUUUUCAAACUUCAAAGCACAAGACUUAUGAACUUCAAGUACAAUUUCCGCGUAGGAAAUACGUCAUUGCAGGCGGAAUUUAACUUAUCGAUGUAAAUAGUCUAAGUACUAAAGCGUCUUUAGAAUCUAAGAGUCUACAAAUUUAAGAAAGUACGGAUUUAAGUAUAGAAUUUUAUUUCGCCACUUGAAUUUUUGCCGAAUUUUUGAAUUGCUAAGAUCAGAAAUUGAGAAUCUGUGCGGUGAGUUUUAAAAAAGCUCGAGAGCAGUAGUGAUAUUAUAACUUAAAAGUUUUGCGACCUUAAUUUCUUACAUUGAAAUUUACAGUUUAAAAUGACCUCACUCUUCGAUUUCCGAGUGAAUUUCUGGAUUUUAUGAAAUCGAACGAUUGGUAGAUAAAUUCUAGUUUUGCUUCUAUUUUCAUAUUUUAGAUUUUAUGCGUUUUUUAAGUUUUCCAAUUCGAAAGCCUUCGUUGAAAGAGAAAAGACUGGUUUCACGAUUCAUCAAUCAUUUUCUAAAGUCUUUUCUGCGUUAGAAGUCAGCCGAUUCGAUUGAAGAAAGUUAAAAUGUUUAGCUCUCUAAGAUUUGAGAAGUUUUGUUUUUAAUUCAGAAAUCAGUGAGAAGGCUCAAAAAAAAUUUUUUUGCGGCCUAAUUUCAAGAUUACUUUACAAUUAGUGUACAUAUUUAGAGGGUGGCUUGUUAGAAAUAGAAAAUAAUUACCAGGGUUUCAUUUCUUGAAUUCAUUCCUCGAUAAUUGUUGCAUUUUUUACUUUUGAAUCUUUAAAUUCCUUCCAUUAUCAUUCUCCUAGGAAUUAAUUGGAUUAUUGUACAUAUUUUUCAUUGGCAAAUUGAAAAAAAAUGUUUUUCCUGAAAAUUUUCUAUUCUAGAAUGCAUUUAAUGAACUUUUUCGAGCCUUUGAAGAAUUUCCUAAUUAUACACAACUUCUUUUAUACGUUAGUUCGUAAGCUCACGAUUCAUAAAAAAAAAUAAUAAGGACGUCUGUUCCAUAGUUAAUGUAAGCGAUUUAAACUAGAUUGGUUUGUAAUUCUGGUGCAACUCUAGGUAGUAAUUCUUAUUUACUUGAAAGUAAAAUUGGGAAAAAUGAUUUUUUACAAUUAAGAAAGAAAAUUUGUGAGGGAUUAACCACUAUUUUAUUCGAGUAUUCUUAUUUUUUUCAAUUUUUUAAAUUAUUACAAAUUUGGUGUCUUAUGAAAUCAUUUCAAUUCCGCUUAAUUAAAUUGGAAUUUUGUUGAUUCUUUGAAUUCUUGAAUCCAGGUGUGCAUUAAAAUUGCUCGUGGUUAAUUCUUCGGAAAGUUGCGCAAUUUCUGGAAAAAAUGUUCAAAUUUAAAGAUCUUUACUUAAGGAAAGUUACUUACUUCAUUAUUAGUUUACCCGAAAUACUUAUACACUUAAUUUGCAUAAAGUUUUUCUUACUUAAAUUUAUUUUAAAACGCCUCUAUUUUAAUGUCAGUUUAUCCAAAUGCAUUGAAAACGCACCAAUAGAUUUAUACAAUUAGAAAUUUAUCUAACCACUUUUAGAAUUAAGGUUCUUUUUCUCUUGAGUUGUAUUUUUCCUUGCGAUAGCAAAAAAAAAAAAACAGUAUUUCGAGUGGUGUAUUUUUGAUUUUGAGUGAAAAUGUUGGAAGGUGGAAUUUUGUAUCCAAACGAAGGGUUUGAUAAACUUAAUAUCUUUCACAUAAUCCAAAUGAAUCCGGGAAUUUUACAUUUUGUUAUUAACUACAUUAUUCAUUAAAAAAAACUUCUGUAAAAGUUUUUACGGAUGAUGAUAAUUAAGCAAUUGGAAAAUAUACAUUUCUCUGAUAAUUUCCUAGGAAAUUAUGUAAAACGGAAAUAAAACUAAACAGAAUGAUUUAGAGAAAUUUGGAUUUUGAGUUGGGUGAGAAAGAAUUGUAUUUUUACUGGGUGCUAAUAAAUGUACGACAUAUAUAUGUUAUAUUUGAUAAUGAAUGUAGAUUAGCUUCAUCAGCAGUAUUCCGAUAAGCGUCGAGUGUUUAUAAACGAUUACUUAAUUAUAGUGAGGAUUGUGUGUUGUAACCAGUACUUAUUUCGUUAAGACCGCAGACUGCCACUGGAGAUAAUAAGAAAUAAAGGAGAGAGGAAUAGAGUAAA